AUGCAAUUCACCACCGUUGCUUUAGCCGCCAUGAGCGUUGCCGGCGCCUUGGCCCAAACAGCAGGAACAACAGUCCACGUCGUCAAAGUCGGCAGUGCCAACGGCUCCCUAACAUUCGCGCCCAACGACAUCAAGGUCCCGGCGGGCGACAUGGUACAAUUCCAAUUCGCGCCCAACAACCACACGGUCACGCAAUCGACCUUUGCUAAGCCCUGCGUGCCCAUCUCCCAGACCAGCAACGUGACGGGCAUCUACUCUGGCUUCAUGCCCGUCAAGGCGGCUGAUACUAAUACGCCGACGUAUACCAUCAUGGUCAAUGAUACGAAGCCAAUUUGGCUAUAUUGUAGUCAGGGGAAGCAUUGUCAGAGCGGCAUGACUAUGGUUAUCAAUGUUGCCGCAACAGGAAACUCCACCCUAGCAGCCUACAACACGCUCGCCAAAGCCGCAACCGCCAACCUCGCCCCCGGCGGAGUCUCCGGCGGCGUCUCAGGCGUAAACUCCUCAUCCUCCUCUUCCUCCUCCAGCUCAGGAACAAGCAAUUCCGGUUCUAGUUCCGGCUCCUCGACUAGCUCGUCAUCAAGCAGCUCUUCCAGCGCAGCAGCAGCGGCGAAUACAAAGAACGGGACGUCGUUUGCUACCGCUAUGAGACCGAGGUCCGUGGAGGCCAUGUCGUUGGGAGGGUUGGUUGCGCUGGGGUUUGCGGUUUUGUUUUAG